AUGCCAAAUCACUCCGGAGAUCUCUCGCAGUUCGUCGACUCGCACGUCGUUCGAGAUAUCGUCGUUUGGACCCCGGCGACUUAUCCUUCUCGAAAGGACACUUCUUUCUACCAUCCGAGCCAUUCGCUCUUGUCGAGGAUGGACCUGCGCUGGACACCUAUCGUUGAUGCCCUCUUGAAUCAUGUUCGCUGCCCUGGAGGCUACAUGAUAUACAACUCCACUUGGUUCUCUCCGUCAAGAAGGAAGGGAAGCGGCGCAGAUCAAUUCACGAUCUUGCCCGCUCGCGGUCAGACCAUCCUAUAUCGAAUCGAAGGCGGCAGAAACUCGUUGGGCCUUGUCUCUCCACCUCACUUGGCCCUGGAAGUCGCACUCGAUAAGACCACUGGCGAGCCACCAAAUACCUACAUAUGCGCAUAUGUCCUUGCACGACUGUUUAACGGGCAGCAUUCGUUCCCAACAACAACAAACAUCGAGUGGGGUAUCACGUGUGCUCGGUUCCCAACCUGGAGCACACCAGACCCCCCUUCCACGUCGAUCCUUUGGGAGAUUGUCGUGACCCUGGAACUGUGCCGGGCCUAA